CUGCUGCAGCUGCUGCUGGUGGUGUCUUUCUCUAGGGCUGAAGAGCCGGUGUGUAGGCAGAGAGGGGAGCCAGAGGACCCGCAGCUUUUUAAAAAUGGUGACAUUGUCUUAGGUGGAAUCUUCUCUUUCCACAGCAGCUGGAAGAGCAGACAGGAUAACUACACACACAGACCAUCGCCAAUGCAGUGCACAAGUUUGAAUUUCCGAGCAUUUCAGUUUGCCCAGGCUAUGCUCUUUGCCAUUGAGGAGAUUAACAACAGCACAGACCUACUGCCUGGCAUCUCACUGGGCUAUAAGAUCUAUGAUGCCUGUGGGUCUAUAGGAAGGGGAGUGAGGGUGGCACUGGCUUUGGCUAAUGGUAAUGAAGAUACAGCCACAGCCUCCACAGCAACCUGCACCAGACCAGCGCAAGUGGUGGCUAUCAUGGGAGAGACCUCCUCUUCUCCUUGCAUGGCUAUUUCGACUGUCAUUGGGCCCUUUCACAUCCCAUUGAUCAGCCACUUUGCCACCUGUGCUUGUCUCAGUGACAAAGUCCGUUACCCAUCCUUCCUCAGAACAAUACCCAGCGACUACUACCAGAGCAGAGCUUUAGCCCAGCUGGUCAAACACUUUGGCUGGACUUGGGUGGGGGCAAUCAGAACAAAUGAUGAUUAUGGCAAUAACGGCAUGGCCAUAUUCACAGAGACUGCCAAACAACUGGGCAUCUGUCUGGAGUACUCUGUAUCCUUCUUUAGACAAGAUCCACCUGAAAAGAUACAGAGGAUAAUUGACAUCAUCAAGGCCUCCACCUCAAAGGUAAUUGUUGCUUUCCUCUCACCUAUGGAUUUUGAUAUAUUAAUAGAUGCUUUUGCCAACCACAAUCUGACUGGGUAUCAGUGGGUUGGUAGUGAGGGUUGGAUCACUGAUUUCCACACUGCAAGUAUGGAUAAGCAUCACAUCUUGGAUGGUACUAUAGGGCUGGCAAUCCCCAUGGCCCAUGUCACAGGCAUGAGAGAGUUCAUGUUGGAUGUAAAGUCACUCAAUUCAUCAAGUAAUGAAUUGUUCACAGAGUUCUGGGAGACACUGUUUGAUUGUAGGUUUAUGAAGACAACGAGCUCAGAAAAGAAUCAGAGAUACUGCAGUGGAUAUGAAGAUGUGUCUGGGCUGCAAAAUGCCUUCACUGAUAUGUCACUCAUGCCCAUAUUUAACAAUGUCUACAAAGGAGUGUAUGCUGUGGCCCAUGCACUUCAUAAUACUCUUGGCUGUAAAAAAAUAUGUCGCAACAAGGUACAGCCAAACCCAUUCACGAUUUUGCAGCACAUAAAAAAUAUUCAGUUCAAAACAAAGGACGGGGAGCAGGUUUACUUCAAUGAGAAUGGAGACCCAGCUGCAAAGUAUGAAAUCAUAAACUGGCAGCCAAGAGAGAAUGGCACUGUGGAGUUUGUUACUGUUGGUUUUUACGACACAACUUUACCUGCAGACAAACAGCUAAAUCUGCACAAUAAGUCCUUAAUGUGGGCACAGAACUCAAAACAGGUGCCAUUGUCAGUUUGCAGUGAAAGCUGUCCCCCAGGAACACGCAAGGUCCUGCAGAAAGGAAAGCCCAUCUGCUGCUAUGAUUGUAUACCAUGUGCCGAGGGAGAAAUUAGCAACAUCACAGAUUCCAUCACCUGUGCGCAAUGCCAUGCUGAAUUCUGGUCAAACGAGAGAAGAGAUGACUGUGAAAAGAAGAUGACUGAGUUUCUAUCAUAUGAAGAGAUUAUGGGUGCACUGCUUAUGGCAGCAUCUUUAUUAGGAACAAUGAUGACUACAACUGUGGCAGUCAUUUUCUUCAGAAACAGGAACACCCCCAUAGUCAAGGCCAACAACUCUGAGCUGAGCUUCCUGCUGCUCUUCUCCUUGACUCUGUGUUUCCUGUGCUCUCUGACCUUCAUUGGCCGGCCCUCUGACUGGUCCUGUAUGCUGCGCCACACAGCAUUUGGCAUCACCUUUGUCCUCUGCAUCUCAUGUGUUCUGGGAAAAACUAUCGUGGUGUUGAUGGCCUUCAGAGCUACACUUCCAGGCAGUAAUGUUAUGAAAUGGUUUGGGCCUCCUCAGCAGAGACUCAGUGUGCUGGCCUUCACUCUCAUACAGGUUGUCAUUUGUAUCCUCUGGUUAACAAUCUCGCCUCCUUUUCCUCUCAAGAAUUUUCAUCACUUUAAAGAUAAAAUCAUCUUAGAAUGUGCCUUGGGCUCAGCUGUAGGUUUCUGGGCUGUGCUCGGGUACAUAGGACUCCUGGCUAUGUUUUGCUUUGUCCUCGCUUUUUUGGCCCGAAAGCUGCCUGAUAAUUUCAAUGAGGCCAAAUUCAUCACCUUCAGCAUGCUGAUUUUCUGUGCUGUCUGGAUCACCUUUAUCCCAGCUUAUGUCAGCUCCCCUGGGAAGUUUAGUGUGGCUGUGGAGAUUUUUGCCAUUUUGGCCUCUAGUUUUGGAUUGCUCAUCUGUAUUUUUAUUCCAAAAUGUUACAUCAUGUUAUUUAAGCCAGAGAAAAAUACAAAAAAGAACAUGAUGGGUAAGAUGCCAUUAAAGUCACUAUGA